GUGUAAUGACAUCACUUUGGGCCACUCAACAUCACAUUUUCAGCUCCAGUCGCCAAAGGUUAUUAGGCAACAAAUUGACUUGAGACUAGUAUAUCGGUAAGUGCUAUCUGAUCAUGAAAAUAUACAUUUUGGGGCAUGGAAUCUGAUAAAGUGGAAAAGCCCCAAAGGAUUCCCAACAGAUUAUAUUACCCAUUCUCCAUUUUAAAGCUGUUUAGGGCUGUGACUGAUGAAAUAGCAAGUUCCAUGAGACGCUGAACAUAUGAAGCUCCUUUAUAGUUAAUUAGGCUGUGUUAAUCUUGUAGUAACACUUCUGGAAACAGAAGAAGGUGUUCACACAAUUUUAAUGGAUAAUGUUUCACAAAUUGGGAGUCCUGGAGUCUGGAUACCCACAGAGGUUUUAACUGUCAGACAUUUGGUCUAGUCAAGUAUUAUCUCUUCUGACUUGAGACAGCUCUCCCAGGUUUCAAGCAAAAGUCUUCCCCAGUCCCACUACUUGAGAGUCUUUUAACAGGGAUUGAACCUGAGGACAUUGUAUGAGCAGACCACGGGCUCUGCUCCCUAUAUAUGGGCCCUGGCAUGGGCUUCCAAGAAAACAUUUUAUGUUCAGCCUGUUAGUUUCAGUGAAAUCAAUAGACUUGUGGAAAGAGCAAGUGUGAUUGUGAAUUAGGUUUGUUUCUGUUCUGUAUAAAGUUUCCAAAAUGAAUGUAAUUUGCCUAAUUUUGGAUUACUUGCCUUCUUCCUGUAGUUGUUUUCAUUGACACUUCACAUUACUUUCAGUCUGAUGAACUAGUGGAUUCAGCAGACUGAAUGAAGCCCCUGCCCUGGGGGAUGAAAUGCUAGAAUCCAAGGAUGGAAAAUAUUUAAGCAAGAGUAGCUCUCAUCCUUUGACAUGCUCCUCUACCUACCUGUCCUACCAGAGACAGCUAAACCAAUCACUCCGGGGUGAGAACCAAAUCCUUUGGGAAAAGAACAGGACUAUUCGCAAAGACAACAAGACUUUCCGUAUGGAAAACAAAGCUAUUCGUGAACAGAAUUGUACUCUCCAAGACGCAAACAAUAUUGACUGGGAGGAGGGCAGUGUCCUCAAGGAGAACAAACUGGACGCUAUGGAUGAGGGAAAAUCACUUGAGGAACAGGAAAAGGCUCUCCGAAAGCAGAAUAAGGCUCUACGAGAAGAGAUCAAAUCCCUCCAGGAGCAGGAUGUGGCCUUCAAAAUGGAAGAGAAGGCUCUUCAAGAGGAGCUCACUGCUUUGUGGGAGGAGAACAAGGCCUUCCAAGAACAGAUCAAGGCUCUCAGGGAGAAUAGUGCUGCUCUCCUAGAAGAGGAAAAAUGUCUCCAUCAAGAGAGGCGAGCCCUCCAAGAAGAAGAAGCUGCCCUCCAGGAAGAGAACAAAGCUCUUAGAGAAGAAAGGAAAGCUCUUGAAGAGGAGGAUAAAGCCCUGAAGGAAGAGAAUGAAGUUCUGCAGCAGUGGAAGACGCUCCUCCAAGGAAGCCUCAGUGUGCAGAUAGAAGGGCAGGGAGCCCUGAUCUGAAUAUUCAGCCAAGAAACAUGUGGUUCUUCUGGCAUACUGGUUAAAAGGGAGAGAGCGACCCCAACAAGCUAAAAUAAUUGUGCUACAGGUAUUUACCAAGAAUUAAGCAUUAAUAUGCACUAAAACAACUUGAUGUCUGCAGCCUUAAUUCCAAAGGUUGUUAAUAAAUGUCAUGGACAUCAUUUAUUUGUAAGA